AGAGGGGGGUGUUACCAUGGAAACCACAGCCACAAACACAGAAGCACAACAGAGACUUGUUGCCGUGCUGCCAGCCUUCCUGGAAUGACAGCCUCUUUUAAAAAAGCUCAGGAAAGGACGUGGGAUACUUCAACUUCCACACAAAAGUGUGAUGGAUUCAAAUGAGGCAAACUCCGUCAAGUUCAGCGGCAGGAACCUUCACCUGCCUGCCUUCCGGAUGGAGACAGUCACUCUGGCCCAGCAAAACAAACAGAUGCAGGAGAAGCUCCUACAGCUGAAAGAGUGCAUGAAAAGAGAGAAGGAGGAGAGAAGGCAUUCAGCAGACAGUAAGUGGAAGGCUGGGCAGUGUGGUGCUGUGCAAAGCACUAAACUGACAAGCAGUGCCAAGAAGAACAAAGUAAACCUUCUCAAAAAGCUGUCAGAAAGCAAAGUGAAAAUCCGAGUACUAAAGGAUGAACCAUUCACAGCCACGUCUGGGUCAAAACCUGCACCCUCACCCUCUACCAAGAGUCUUGCAAUGACCAGAAUAAACAGGCCAAAUGCAGCCACCUCAGAACAGUGUGACAUUAAGAUGGCUGAACUGGUGUUGGUUGAGAAAGGGGAGAAUUUUCCCAACUCUCUUCUUGGAGGGAAAUUUGAUGAGGAAGAGUCUGCAAGAUAUUUCCAGGAAGCUGUCAAACAAUGGCGAGAAGGAAAGCCUGUUCCGGAAGGGCAGCAUCUAACAGAGGACACAAUUUGGAGUACUGCUCAACCAGUAUCAGUGUCAGUGAUGGCGAUCAAGGCUGACCUUCUAGACAGUGGAACUGGAGCACAAAGAAGAGGAAGGGGAAAAGACAGGGUGCCUGUCAAUGUGGAGUUCACAGAAAGUAGCCUUACCUACCUGGACAGACUUCUUCUGAAGAAGCAUCGGAGAACACCUAUCAGAUUGGAUCAACUACUGUUGGCCUUCAAUCCACAGUUUAAGUCACGACCUACUACUACUGAUGCAAGCACUAAGGAAGAGAUUACAAACACCCUGACAUCAGACAAAUGAAGACAUAAAUGGAGGUCCUGAACAAGUGAGGGAAAACACCAGAGAAGAAGUUUUAAU